AUGUCAUGUGCCCGUAAGAGACCAGUAAUCUUGUUGAUCAACGACGAGUAUGGGACUUCCAAGGGGGGAGUUUCUACCAUCAACUACCAUGCGAGCCAAACCGUAGGCCUGACGGGCAAGGCAGACGUGUACUGCACAGUCCUACAGCUGAAUGUGCCUGAAGAAGACCAGAAGGCAGCGGACAGAGACGGUGUCACGCUGAUAAAGCCAGAUCCACGAGGUAAGAAAACAAAGCCAUCACUAGACUGGCUGACCGACUACCACAGCGUACACUUCCCAAACCUCCCCAAGGAUGUCACCUGUAUCAUCGGCCAUGCUGACAUCACAGAUACGGCGGCACGAAACAUCAAGGAUCAACGGUAUCCACAAGCAGACCUCAUGAUGUUUACCCACGUCAUACGCGAGGAUACAGAGUUGUACAAGGGAGGUGAGAGCGCCAUGGAAGCACGGAAGAAAGAGAAUGAUAUGCUUGAUAAAGUUGACAACGCAAAGGCAGCUUUCUCGGUGGGCAAGCGGAUCUUUGACCACUUUGAAAACAAGUACAGAGGGGAGAAGAGACCAAAGAAGCACUUCAUCUUUCUCCCGAAGCCAUCUCAGAUGUUUCUGGCCACCACAGUGAGACCUGGGGGAGGGCAGAAGGUUGUCCUGUCCGUCGGCAGGGUGAGGAAGGUGGAGAAGCUGAAAGGUCAUGACCUGACUGGACAGUCCAUGAGGGAGGUGGUGAAGGUGAUCAGGAAUGCCCGGUGGUGUGUCCGCGGCAUCAGCGAGGAUGAUUGGCAGAACAGCCUGAAGAUCCUGGAAGACGCCCUGAACAGUCCCGACCUGAACCCCACCCUGCUGCCGUACGGGACCCAGGAGGAAAUCAGGCACGACAUGAUGGAGGCUCACCUGGUCCUGAUGCCGUCCCGCUCCGAGCCGUUCGGGCUGGUCGGCCUGGAGGCCAUCGCCGCUGGCAUCCCCGUCCUCAUCUCCGACAAGACCGGCCUGGCAAUGAUGAUCACCGACCUGAUUGCUGAGGGGAAACUCAGCGCAGAGUACAGAAACGUCAUCGUGGAGACCAGCGUGAACGACCGGGAUCGUGCCAGCAAUGUAAAGAGGUGGGCAGCCAAAAUCGUGGACGUCCUCAAGCACAGCGACUACGAGUUCGAGAAAGCCGCCAGGUUCAAGCAGGAGCUCGUGGAGUCCAAGUACUGGGAGAAAUCCCACAAUGACUUCCUGCAGGCCUGCGGCAUCCCAGCUGCAGCAGCAGAUCAGUAG